AUGUGUAUAGACUUCAGGAAGUUGAAUGCGGUCACAAGGAAGGAUCAUUUCCCAUUACCAUUCAUCAAUGAGAUGCUUGAGCGAUUGGCAAGAUCGAAAGUAACAGUUUUCUCUGAUCAUGCAACCUUGAAAUACCUUUUGGCAAAGAAGGAGUCCAAACCAAGACUCAUUCGUUGGAUACUCCUGCUGCAAGAAUAUGACUGGGAGAUCAAAGAUCGAAAGAGGGUGGAUAAUUCAGUGGCAGACCAUUUGAGCCGAUUGAUUCGAGAAGAAGGGAGAGUGCCCAUAUUUGAGAUAUUUUUAGACGAACACUUGUUUCAAUUUAGAGGUGAGGAACCCUAUUAUGCUGAUAUUGUUAACUUUCUGUUUGGAGCGAAUGGUGUUAUUCGCAAGGUGGGUGAUGCCUAUCAGAUAACACCUCCAGGAGAUAGUGUGCCCCAACCCCGGGUCCCUCUUAUUGAGCCCACCUCAGAGACUGGUCAGGAAGGUCCUUCCUUCUCCACUGCUCCAUUCUCUUGGGACACCCAAUUCUGUACUCUGCAGAAUUCCAUUCAUGAGUUGGGCGACCGAGUUGAGCGUUUGGAUGAUUGCCUCGCAGCCUUGCAGGACAUGUUUGCAGCUGGAACUGAUACCACUCAUACAGUCAUGGAAUGGGUGAUGUUAGAGCUUCUAAGAGACCCCAAGGUCAUGGAGAAAUUGCAAAAUGAGGUCAGAGCUAUAGGCCAAGGAAAAUCAGAGAUAACUGAGGAUGAUUUUGACAAAAUGCAGUGUUUAAAGCUAGUAAUUAAGGAAACUCUGCGGCUUCAUUUCCCAGUUCCAUUUCUAGUUCCUCGAGAAUCAACUCGAGACAUCAACGUAAUGGGGUAUGACAUACCAAUUCGAACACGACUAAUCGUUAACGCAUGGGCGGCAAUUGGAAGAGACCCUUUGCUUUGGGAGAAGCCCGAGGAAUUUCAGCCAGAGAGAUUUCUGAAUGUUGGUCUAGAUUUUCAAACAAAAUUACGGCGCAAAUUUGCCUUUGCCUUGCUUGAUGGAGGAAAACUAGAGGACAUGGACAUGACUGAAGCUGGUGGCAUCGAUGUGCAUAGAAAACUUCCUAUACUUGUUGUUGCCACUCCAUAUUCUCCUUAG